AUGGGCUUAAUCGAGGCUCUCUUGGAGCAUGUCUCCAUCAAAAAGCUCUCCAUCGCCCUGGUUGGCAUUGGAGCAUUUGUCAUGACAAUCAACCGCAUAAGGGAGCAUCGACGCAUCAAGAAACUCGGCAACUAUGGCCAUUCACUCCCAUCUCGUUUUCCAUUCGCCCUAGACUUCAUCUACUACGGCAUCCGCUCCACCAUUGCCCACAAGAACAUGGAGCUCUGGCGAGACGUCUUCUUCUCCAACUCGUGGACGUGCGAGAUGCGCAUCCUCAACCAGCGAGUCGCCUUCACCGCCGACCCCGAAAACAUAAAGGCCAUGCUGGCCACGCAGUUCCACGACUUUGGCAAGGGCGAGCAGUUCCACAGAGAGUGGGCGCCCUUCCUCGGCGACAGCAUCUUCACCACGGACGGCAUGCAGUGGCACAACAGCCGCCAGCUCAUCCGGCCGCAGUUUACGAGGGACCGCGUGAGCGACCUGCACUGCUUUGAGGCUCAUAUUCAGACGCUGUUUAGGACCAUGGCGAAUGGGGGCCCGUUGGAAGGCGAGAACCAGGUGAUUGAUCUUGAUCGGGCGGAUGGGAGACGGAUGGACAUUCGCGACCUCUUCUUCCGCUAUACGCUCGAUGUUGCUACCGACUUUUUGCUGGGCAGUGACGUGAAAUCCCUGACAACUCCAAAACAAGAAUUCGCCGAAGCCUUCAACGAAGUCCAACGCGUCCAAAACAUCCUCGCCCGCGCCUACAAGCUCCAGCCCUUCAUCCCCAAAAAGUCCUACUACGACGGCCUCAAAGUCAUGAACCGCUUUGUCAACCACUUCAUCCAGCGCGCCCUGCGCAUGAGCCCCGAGGAACUCGCCGCCCACACCAAAUCCGACAAGGACUACACCUUUUUGCACGAGCUCGCCAGCUUCACCCGCGACCCCAAAGUCCUGCGCGACCAGAUCGUCGCCGUUCUGCUCGCCGGCCGCGACACCACCGCCUCGGCCCUCUCGUGGGCCAUCUACGAGCUCGGCCGGCAUCCGCACGCCGUGGCCCGCCUGCGCGCCGAGAUCCUCGAGACCAUUGGCCAGGACCGCCUCCCCACGUACGACCACCUCAAGAACAUGCCGUACCUCCGGGCCGUCCUCAACGAGACGCUGCGCCUCUACCCGUCCGUGCCGUUCAACGUCCGCGUCGCCCUCAAGGACACGACCCUGCCCCGGGGCGGCGGCCCGGACGGCUCCGAGCCGCUGCCGGUGCUCAAGGACACGCCCGUCGGAUACUCGACGCUCGUCAUGCAGCGCCGCCCGGACCUGUACCCGCCCGUCUCGGAGGCGUUCGCCGAUCCGAGCAUCUUCAGCCCGGAGCGCUGGGCCGCGUGGCACCCGAAGCCGCACGAUUACAUCCCCUUCAACGCCGGCCCGCGGAUCUGCAUCGGCCAGCAGUUUGCCCUCACCGAGAUGGGCUACACGCUGUGCCGCAUCUUUCAGCGGUUCGAGCGGGUGCAAAGCUUCAUGCAUGAGAUUGAUGGCGGGGAUCCGCUGUUGAAGUCGGAUAUCGUGCUGUCUCCGGGACAGGGGGUGCAUGUGGCGUUUUGGGAGCCGAAGAAGGAAGCGUGA